AUGUCAUUACCACGUACACCACCGAGAGGCGGAUUAAUGGGCGAACCGAACACGGAUCAACCCCCAUUUAGUGGAGACACACCAACAUUGGAACAGACGGACAGCGAACACGGAGUGGACGCGAUUAAUUCACGUUCAGUAAAACUGCCACAAUUCUGGAAGGAAAACCCAGUCCUAUGGUUCGCGCAAGUCGAAGCAGCGUUUGCAAUAGCCAGAGUGACAAAGGACGAGACAAAGUACAGGUAUGUCAUUAUCAACCUUGACCAAACCGUAUUGCCCUUUGUCUUAGACAUUAUAGCCGCGCCACCGGCCGAUAAUAAGUACGAGACCUUGAAGCAGAGAAUAAUCGCAUCAUUCGCUGAGACCAACGAAUCGAAAUUGCGAAAGCUAUUACGUGGGAACGAACUUGCAGACAAAAGACCCUCAAUCUUCCUGCAGAGAUUGCGGAAUUUGGCCGGCGGACAAUGCAACGAUGCAGUGCUCAGAACACUAUUCCUCAAACAAUUACCGGAUAGCAUACGUAGCAUUUUAGCCAUUAGCGAAGUAACAGAUUUAUCAAAAUUAGCUCUCCAAGUCGAUAAAAUCGUAGAGAUGUCUAAAGCAAGCGUAGCACAAGUUAACGUUACCACUCAAGCAUUACCCACGGAGGAAGUCUCAAUGUCCAACGAAUUUAAGGUCAUGCAAUACAGAAUCGACGCAUUGACCAAACAAGUUGCCGAACUCUGCGACAUACAACGAAGUAGAUCCAGAAGCAGAGGAUACGACGAGUACAGGCGCAGGAGCAGAACCAGAUCCCAGGAGCGUAGAGGAGCAUCCAAAACAUGCUACUUUCAUUGGAAAUUCGGGAACGAAGCAUACAGAUGCGUACAGCCAUGCGAUUGGAAAGAGCCACACGCAAAGAAUGUUAACGCGGAAAACUAG